GGCCAUUGAAAGACUUAAAGUCAUUUAAACAAUGUAAACUCAAAUUUUAACAUAGAAAUAACACAAUAUUACAAGACUAUUGAUAUCAAUGAACAAGUAAAGCUUAUUAAAUAGCUCACAUCUCUUUCUACGGUGGAGAUUUUUCAUGUCCCUUUCAGGUUAGUUGGUUUGAAACUGAGCUGAAAACCUGCCUUUAAUGUGCAUGUUUAUUUAUGGUGAAACAAGAGGAGCUGGGUCUGCUCUCUCUCCUGCUGCAGGACUAUAUGUAGUUGAACACUCAUGGUACAUACUGUACAUUCAGAAGGAACAUAGGCUCUGCUGCCUGGAAGAGAGAGACCCAUCAGUGCUGCACUGAAUUUCACAGAUGGAGAUUGACGAUUCCUGCUGCGCCUUGUGCGGGGAGGUCUUCCUGGCUUCAGUGGUGCUCUGCUGCAUCAAUUGUGGUCGUAGCUUUUGCAACAGUUGCUUGGAGCACUUCUGGACACAGCAUCGUGUUAAAGAGUGUCCUUUUUGCGUUAAAGAGAGACCCCCGCUUCCAGAUAAAUCAUGCGAAGCACAUGGGGAGCAACUGUUUCUCCUGUGUGUGGCGGAUCUGGAGCCUGUCUGCUCUACGUGCCACAGAACGGGCCUGCAUAUGAAUCACAUAGUGUAUCCCAUAAGGGAGGCAUUCAGUGAUCAUAAGGAGGAACUGAAGAACGCGCUGCUGCCUUUGAAAGAGAAGUUGCAGCUGUACAAGAAGGCGAAAACGGUCUGUGAGGAAAUAGCAGAACAUGUCAAGCACCAGGCUGAACAUACCGAAACACAGAUCAAGGAGGAAUUUGAAGCCCUUCACCGUUUCCUGAAGGAGCAGGAGGCUGCCAGGCUUUCUGCUUUAAAGGCCGACGAGGACCAGAAGAAUCUGAUGGUUACUCAGAGGUUUGAGGAGAUGAACGAUGAAAUAGCAUCUCUCUCCAACACCAUCAACUUAGUGGAGCAGGAGAUGAAAUCUCAAGACAUCCCAUUUCUUAAGAAUUACAAGGAAACAAUUAAGAGAACCUGGCGACCUACCCUCGAUCCAGAGAUGAUCUCUGAUGCUUUGAUUGAUGUGGCCAAGCACCUGGGCUCCCUGAAAUAUAAAGUGUGGGAGAAGAUGAAGAGAGUCAUCAAAUAUAAUCCUGUGAUCAUUGAUCCAAACACUGCAGCCAGCUGCUUCGUCAUCUCAGAGGAUCUCACACAUGUGCAAAACUCUACCCAGAUUUUCAAGCUGCCGGACAACCCCGAACGAUUUGACAUCAGUGCUGAGAUGCUGGCUGCUGAGGGUUAUACCACUGGACGACACAGCUGGGAUGUGGAGGUCGGGGAGAACACCUACUGGGUGGUGGGUGUAGCCAGCGAGUCCAUCAACAGGAAGGGCAAGCACGUGCUGACACCAGCUGAGGGAUUCUGGACUAUAAGGUUUCGUAACGGAGAGCACAAGGCCUGCACUGCACCAUGGGAGCCGCUGAACAUGACUAGGAAGCCUGAAGUGAUAAGAAUAGUUUUAGACAUGGACAGAGGCAAGGUGACCUUUUACGACCCUAGGGAGAGAUCACCUCUGUACACCUUCACAGAGGUCAUCACACCCAGAGCGUUUCCCUACUUUUGUACUGCCUGCAAAGAGCAUCCACUGAAAAUCCUACCAACGAGGAUACUCUUGGCAAUGGACUAGUGAGUGG